ACCUUGAUGUCUUUAGCCCCCAGCCCGUGUCCCGAUGGCUACUACUCUCUGGCCGAUGCCACCACCUGCAUUCCGUGUCCAGGGGGCUACCAGUGCACCGUCCAGUCAUCUGACCCCGUGCUCUGCACGGCUGGAACCUACGCACCCAACGGUAGCGUGGCGUGCCAGGACUGUAUUGUGGGUUUCUACUGCCCCGUUGACGGAUUAGUGGAACCAAUCGGAUGUAUUGAUGGGACUUUCAGCAUUGAGACCAAUGCCCUUGCCUGUAUGGUCUGCCCGGCUGGGUCUGAAUGCUUUGACCACUACUCAACCCCUUCUCCCUGUUCAGAGACGUACUACUCCCUAGGGGGCAAUUCCACUUGCACCAUCUGCCCUGCCGGAUACAGAUGUCCAACGACUGGUGCCAAACCGAUCAUAUGCCAAGCCGGUCAAUAUGCAGGCUUGGGUCAAACAUCCUGCCAAGACUGUCCUAAGGGAUCGUACUGCCCGUACGAAGGGUCUAGUGCCCCCACAGUGUGUUCGGCUGGCUGGUAUGCAGAUUCUCUGGGAAAUGCGAACUGUACUGAAUGUCCCAUAGGUUACCAAUGUGCUGACGAGACGAAGGCUCCUCAGGCCUGUCCUCCAGGUUACUACACAGAUCAGACAGGACAAGAGACAUGUAUCACGUGUGCUGCAGGGACCUACCAGACCGCGUCGACCCAGACGAGUUGUGCUGAGUGCCCAGCUAACUUCCGCUGCUCAAACAAUACCCAAGAACCUGUUGCAUGCGAGGCUGGCUUUUUCUCAACAAGCGGGUCAACCAGCUGUGCGGAAUGUCCUGUGGGUCAAGCAUGCGGGUCAUCAGGUCAAGGGUUAUGUCAGGUCGGGGAGUACUCCAACAGAACCGACUGUCUGCUCUGCCCCCAGGGUUUCAUGUGCCCCUCGCCCCUGGGCAACCCUCAAGCCUGCCCCGGCGGUACUUACCAAGACACCACAGGCAAAUCCACCUGUUACCUUUGCCCUGGUGGUUCCUCCUGCCUCUCGGUCAGCGGGUCCCCGACAGCCUGUGAUCCCGGCUACUACAGUCUUAGCGGUCAGCAGGUAUGUAGCGUAUGUCCGGAGGGCCAGUGGAGCGAGGAGGGCGCAUCGUCCUGCAGCAUUUGUCCGGCCGGUCAAGAGUGCCUGGACGGGUCGGAUAGGAUACAACCGAGGAACUGCACCGCGGGGACAUAUGCUGCGCAGGGUGGGGGUAUAUGUACCCCUUGUCCACUUGGAAUGUACAGCCUGGAGCAGGCUUCGUCAUGUACCCCAUGCCCAACAGGGUCUCUGUGUCUGGUAGCCAGUGAUUUACCAACUACAUGCCCCACUGGAACAUACAGUGGACUGGGAGAGGGAACAUUGUGCACUGACUGUCCAGCUGGUUUCUACUGCCCUGACCCUGUCAACGUUCCCCAGCCGUGCCCCUACGGGACGUACUCCUCGGCUAGGAACGACUCCUGCACACCAUGUCCUGAGGGCAUGUCUUGCCUCGACCCUGCAGAUGCUCCAGUGGCUUGUGACAGUGAAUACUACAGUCCUGAGAUGGUUCCAAGGUGCCUGCUCUAUCCAGCCAACUGCCCUCUAGGAACCUACCAUAACUCAUCAGGUUCUACAUCAGCUGAUGAUUGCAUCGCUUGCGACCCCGGAUACUACUGUGCUGGUGACAACAACCCCGAGCCCACAGGCCCCUGCAACCCCGGGUACUACUGCACCGGUGGCUCCGGUACCAGCAUUCAACACGAGGUCCCAGAGGGCCACUACAGCGGCAGUGCUGCGUACAAGGCCGAACCGUGCGAACGCGGCACCUACACGACCGCCACAGCGUCUUCGUCCUGUUUGGACUGCCCUCAGGGGGCGUAUUGUAAUGAGUCUGGGACUGCAACGCCGCAGCCGUGUCUUAGUGGUCAUUACUGUCCUCCACGGACUAUUGUACCCAUUCCAUGUCCAGAGGGUACAUAUCGUGUAGAGGCCAGUGCUCAAGAUGUGGGAGACUGCCCUUCAUGUCCACCAGGGAAGUAUUGUGGUGAGACUGGCCUGUCCACCUGGAGUGGGGACUGUGCUGCUGGACACUUCUGCAUAGGAGGAGCCGACACCUCGCAUCCAUAUAUAACAGAAUGUGCCAAUUCCACUAUCCUCGGGGGUGGGGAAUGCCCGGCCGGAUACUACUGCCCUGAGGGGACCGAGACGCCCAUCUCCUACCCGUGCGAGAUUGGAACCUUCCUGAACGUGACCGGAGGACAGGAGAUGGCUGACUGCUUGGACUGCCCAGGAGGCAAGGUCUGCAGAGGAUACGCUCUGACCGAACCCAACGAGCUCUGUGCACCAGGGUACUACUGUAUUGGGAAGGCCAAGACCAAGUACCCAACGGACGGAGAUACUGGGAACAUCUGCCCCGUUGGUCACUACUGUCCCGAGGGUUCACCUGCGGCCAUAAGAUGUCCGGACGGGGAGUAUAACAAUAUAACUGGAAAAGCGGAAUGCUUCACUCGUCCACAGGGAUUCUACUGUGCAGACGGUGAAAACAUUUUGGAAUGCCCACGAGGUCAUUACUGUCCCGAGGGUACCGGUAGCAACGGGUCUAUCCCCUGCCCCCGUGGGACCUACAAUCCUGACCUUGGACUGGCCUCAGUGGACCAGUGCCAGCCCUGUGCUCCAGGCUACUACUGCACCCAGCUAGGGGCCUACUCAUUUGGAAUAGCAAACGGGUCGGCAGGGCCUUGUGAUCCUGGCUACUAUUGCCAAUCAGGUGUGAACAUCAUCAAACCAGACGGUGAGACCAACAGCGGUAUCGGUGGACCGUGCCCUCAAGGUUUCUUCUGUCCGCAGCAGACCUCCGUUCCUCAGCCGUGCCCCAACGGGACUUACUCCGACGCCCUCUAUCUGUCGGAGGAGUCACAGUGCGAGGCAUGUGAUCCAGGGUUCUACUGCGGUACUUAUAACCUGACUGGACCGCAGGCUCCCUGUGACCCUGGGUUCUACUGUCACUACGGCUCCUCCUAUCCAAACCCCAUCGGAGAUGACAUCACUGGCGCUCCUUGUCCCGUGGGUACCUACUGCGAGGCAGGGUCCAGCGAGCCCAUCGGCUGCCCGCCAGGAACAUACAACGAGAACACCCAACAGUCGGAAUGCCAGACCUGCCAGGGUGGGUGGUAUUGUCCUGGAAAUGUGUCCAACUUCAGGCCAUUCGACUGCCCAGCCGGUUACUACUGCCCUGACGGUACCGAGCAUGCUUAUCAAUAUCCAUGUCCAAAGGGAACCUACCGACCCAACGAGAAUGGCCAGGCCCUUUUGGACUGUACUAUUUGUGACCCAGGGAAGUACUGUGCUUAUGAGGGAGACACCACUGUCACUGGAGACUGCGAUGAAGGUUUCUUCUGUAUCCAAGGUGCUUGGACUGCCCAACCCAUGGACUUUGACAACUACACCGAUGGGGAUUGCCUCUGUCCUAGCUUGAGCACUGGAGGGCGCUGUCAGCCUGGUUACUACUGUCCGCGAGGAUCGAUUGAACCCGAGAAAUGCACAGAAGGAAACUACUGCGACGUUGAAGGUCUAGCCGAUGUAGCCGGGAAGUGUAUGGAAGGCUUCUAUUGCAUCAGCACAGCAGUGAGACCUGAUCCUACGGACGGUAUCACAGGUGAUAUAUGCCCUCGAGGAAGAUACUGCGGAAAUGGAACUGGAGCCAAUCCUCCCAUGUGCCCAUCUGGGACCUAUUCGAACAGCACUGGUCUAAUGAUAGAGGACCAAUGCACAGACUGUACAGCAGGGUCCUACUGUGAAGAUCCUGGACUAACACAGCUAACUGGACUGUGUGAUUCAGGUUAUUACUGCCCAACCGGUCAGUCCUCUAGCAGCCCGUUCCCCUGCGGUCAAGGGUACUACUGCGAGGAAGGCAGUGCCUCUGAGACGGCCUGCGUAUCAGGGACCUACCAGGACGAUAUCGGACAGUCUUCAUGCAAACGCUGCAACAGAGGAUACUACUGUGACGUCGCCGAUGCCCCCAUCUCGGACUACACCAUCUACCCUUGUCCCGUGGGGCACUUCUGCCCAAACCGAACCGAGUUUGACACCCAAUUCCCCUGCCCAGCCGGAACGUACAACCCUUCGGAAAGACUGGUGAGGGAGGAUCAGUGCUUAGACUGUCCUCCUGGAAAGUUCUGCGACACACCAGGCGAGGAUAAUUGGAUGGGUGAUUGUGCCGCAGGCUACUGGUGCAUCGGGGCGUCGUUGAGUGCCACGCCCGACGACGAUGUGACUGGGGUAGAGUGUCCUGCAGGGAAAUACUGCAUAGAAGGCACUCCUGCCCCAGAGAACUGUCCUGUUGGGACCUGGUCUGAUAGCGUUGGCUUAGAGAAGGCUAGCGACUGCUACCCAUGUUCAGGCGGUUUCUACUGCAACGGCACCGGACUGACCGUUCCGUCAGGACCAUGUGAUCCAGGCUAUUACUGCUCCACCAACGCAUCCAUGGCCACACCCGAGGAUGGCGGCAUCACCGGUGACCCUUGCACCACCGGGCACUACUGCCCCGGUCAAACAACCUCACCGUUGCCAUGUGAGGCAGGGACCUACACGACUACCACGCAUCGUAGCGAGUGCGAUACCUGUCCGGCCGGAUUCUUCUGCACAACAGGAUACGAACCGAAGGAAUGUCCACAUUGCUUCUACUGUCCGGCUGGAACCGGUUACGACUGGCAGCCCUGCCCAACAGGAUCCUUCUCCAACAUGGCCGGCCUGGCCAAUGAGUCCCAGUGCACCCUCUGCUCACCGGGGAAGUUCUGCUCUGAGCUCAACGCGACAAUGGUAACGGCAGACUGCGAGGCAGGGUACCUCUGCACCGAGGGGUCGGACAGAGCUAGGCCGGAGGUCACUUUUAAAGCUAUUUGCCAGAAUAUCUUGUGGAUAUCUCCUCGGUUUGAAGAAGUCAAAUUUCCGGUGGGUGAAAACGGAACAUGGGCAAAUUCAACAGGGAUGUGUCCAUUCAACACUACUCAAGCCAAUCAACCCAUUGGACGGGCUCUGUGUAUCGGCGAUGGUAUUACCCAAAGCCAGUGGCAACCUGUGGAUAAUUGCGGACCAUUUAGAAAUGUCACAGAUGUUCUCACCGAAAUUGCACAGGUGAUCGUAGGUGAAGAAAACGCAGUUGAAGUGAGCCAGCAAGUAUCAUCUGUUACUUCCAACAUCGAAGAUAUCACAUCAGAUGACAUCACCUCUUUGGCAGAGAUAACAUCAAACAUUGUGCAGCAAAAUCUUACUAGUAAAGAGGUAACAAAGUCUAUAACGAGUAUUGUGAGCAAUAUAGCUCAGGUAGAAACAGAGGAACUUGAAGCCGCAGAAGAGGAAGGUGGGGCAAUAAGUAAAUUAGUCCUGGCUUUUGAGGAACAAAUCAGUCGUGUUGAGGUUGCCGAUGGUGGGAUGUUCAACAUUCAGCAGCCAAAUGUAGCUGUUCAGGUUCAGAGUGUACUUGCUGAGGAUGUAAUGAAUGGUCUUGUGCUUACGCUAGCCGGAUCCAGUCUUUCAGACCUGACCAAGUCCGAUAUUACCAUCAGUGCUCCAACCCAAGAUGACCGCAAUGAUGUCAUUGCUACUAGACCAGACAUUAUCGCUCACGUCAACAUUCCACCUUCAGUUUCAUCCGUCCUUUCGUCCACGGCCCCACUCUCAGGAGCGCCGUCGAAUGGCAGUGGUCAAUAUGUUCGGGUCAACUUUAAUGUAUUUUCAACUCCAGCCCUGUUCAUUUCUAAAUCAUUGCGUACAUUCAGUGCAGAUAAUGAAGGCUUCAAUCGAUCGGCCAACUCUCCCGUGAUUUCUCUCAGUAUUGGUCAAGGGAAAGUAGCAGCCUUGACCGAAUUCAUCAAUUUUACCUUCACAACAAUAAUGUCUGGAUACACGAAUCCAAUGUGUUCAUUCUGGGAUGAGGAGCAGGAAGAUUGGUCCCAAGAUGGGUGUGUUCUUGUUUCUGGAAUCACAUCAUCUGAUGAGCGCUAUGAUGAGGAGGGCGUGCGCUGUGCGUGUGAUCAUCUUACCAACUUCGCUGUUAUCAUGGAUAUCCAUAGACCGGACGAUUCACCAAUCGAGGCUUACAACAUCCUGACUUACAUUGGAUGCUGUGUUUCUAUCUUCAGUCUUCUUGUCACAUUGGCAACCUACCUGUGGAACAAGGAUUUGAGGACCAAACAGACUAACCAGAUCUUCAUCUGUCUGUGCCUGACCUUGCUGUGUCUCUACACGACAUUUGUCAUCAUGAUCUCUUUGGAUUCUACCAGAGAUUAUCGUGAGGUCCAAGCUGGACCCUGUGGGAUCCUGACGGCCCUAGUUCACUUCUUUGUUUUGUCCUCCAUUGCAUGGAUGGGUGUGGAAGGGUACAAUACGUACCUCUUCUUUGUGAAGAUCUUUAACACCUACAUCCAGAAUUUCAUGAUCAAGGCUUUCUUAGCUGCAUGGGGAAUUCCUGCACUUAUCGUGGUUCUUACCGGAGCUAUAGCUAGAGACUCUUAUGCCCAUGAUGAUCUAUGCUUCCUACAAUUCUGGGCUCAAAUCGGAGGUCUCCUGAUUCCCAUGUCCAUCAUCCUCUUAAUCAACAUUGUCAUCUUCAUCCUGGUGGUUCGACAAUUGCUCCGGUCAGCCAACAAUGCAGGCCGGGUGAAAAGAGAGGCUAAGGCAGAACGUCGAGAGACUAUCAAACGUGUCCAGAACGCGAUCUGCAUCUUGCUCCUGCUCGGUCUGACCUGGGUCACCGGAUAUCUUCUUUUGAUCCCCUCAUUCAGUCAGGUAGCUCAGCCAAUCUUCAUCGUCCUUAAUUCCUUCCAAGGGUUGUUCAUCUUUCUACUCUACUGCGUCCGGAACCCUGUCAUCCGUGAAAAGUGGGGGCUAACUUGUUUCGACAAGUUCCUAAGGAAAGAAGGAAGCACUUCCAGCGGUUUGAUGAACUCGACAGCCCAAUCCUCGUCAGCUGGCGUGAUUAGCAAUUUGCGCCCAGAAGCCUCGAGUAAUUACUUGUUGCCUACCAAAGACGACAAUCCCGAUCCUAUGUGUACAUUCAAUCCAACCUUUGAUGUUAGCCAGGUUGAGGAAGGGGUCACACCACCUAUGAACAAAUAUCUCCAAGAUUCCACCGAAGAACAGAAAAACAUUGAUCGUGAUGCAACAAGCAUUGAUGUUGUGACGGUCUAGUUUAAACAUACCCAUUCGUGGAAAAUAGCCCCUUUUGCCAAACUACCCCAAAGCCCUGAUGGUAAUAAACUCCCAAGAAAGUGCCUAUUACUUAGGGGACACGUCCCUUCAUUGUUGAGAAAAGUAUGAUGAUGGUACGAUGGUUCUAUUUUCAAUCCAUUUUAAUCAUUUUUAGUCAUGAAAUAAUAGAUAUAUGUAUAUUUCGAAUGGAAAUUAGAUACUAAUGGUAAAUCUAAGGUUCCUAUUGCUGUCCUCUUUACAGAUAUUUUUUGUUUGCACAGGUUGAAUAUUUGUUUGUCUCCGUCUGGAAUCGAAUCGGGUAACUGGCUGAGAACGCCACUGCCAAAACAACUAGGCCUUACAUAAUCCUCCAUCCCCUUCCCCAAAGCUUUUUGCAUUUACCAUUCAGGCAAUCAGGUGAUUGUUAUUUGUUAUCAUCUAUAUUUUACGAAAUUAAACAAUGACAAAAUUAUAUCUGUACAAUUUGAAUUUUUUAAAAUUUGAAUUUGAAUUUAUUAACAACAACAACAUAACACAAUGUUACAAAAUGUUUUCGAGUGGGUAACAAAAUAUCAUGUCGUAUACAUAUACAUGUACAUGAGUUACAAAGAAAAAGAAAAUAUCCAUAGUUGAACUAUAUGUACAAAUUAAAUUGAUCAUAUAUCAUGUCAUAUCAAACCUGUGAAUUAGCUAUAACUUAAUAAUACGUAGAGAUUUGUGGCUGGAAUUGAAAUUCACAGAGUUCAAAUAGCAUAUAAGUGAUUCAAAUAAAGGAUAUUUUAAUACUUAAAAAAUUAAAAUGUUGAUAAAGGGAGAACCGAAGUUAGCACGAGUGCUAGUCACGAUUGUUUCUCCAAGUUUCUAAAACUGUAUGGAAAGUCAUAUUAAUAUUUAUUUUGACUUAAUAUCAUAUUAUUUGAUCCUUAUGAUUCAUCUCUGCUUAGGAGUUUAAUUCUGAGAUUUUGACGAAAUCAAGAUCUUGUUUUUUCUUCUCUUAUAUUUAUGGGCAAAUUAUCUUCCUCCUUUCAUAACUAACAAAAUGAAACCGUUGCAAUUUGUGUUCACUUCAAAAUGUAAUAUCUUUCCUAUUUUUAAUUGUUUAUUGCUAAAACUCUCAAUUAUUUGUGUCUUUCAUUUCCUGCUUUUAUUAAAACCAUCUUAAUAUCAGUGUUGACAUUCCCUUGAACCCUUACUGUACUUACUGUACGACAUUUUCGGAGAUUGCGCUGCAACCGCUUGGAAUUUUGAAUUGUCGUUUCAUGAAUUUCUUCCCUUAAGUCUUAUGCAUAUUUUGAUACCA